GCUCCUCCAGUCGCGUCUUUCUCACUCACUGGGGAACCCGGCGGUGGCGGCACCUUUGGAGGCUGAGCAGCCGAGCCGCGAGCCCGCCAGUGGGAGGUCGGGCAGACUGACGGCAGAGCCGACGGACGGACGGACAGCGGGGCAGCCAGGCGGUUCGAGUCGCCUCAGGAUCCACCAUGAGCUGGGGCACGGAGCUGUGGGAUCAGUUCGACAGCUUAGACAAGCAUACACAAUGGGGAAUUGACUUCUUGGAAAGAUAUGCCAAAUUUGUUAAAGAGAGGAUAGAAAUUGAACAGAACUAUGCGAAACAAUUGAGAAAUCUGGUUAAGAAGUACUGUCCCAAACGUUCCUCCAAAGAUGAAGAGCCAAGGUUUACUUCGUGUAUAGCCUUUUUUAACAUCCUUAACGAGUUAAAUGACUAUGCAGGACAGCGAGAAGUAGUAGCAGAAGAAAUGGCCCACAGAGUUUAUGGUGAAUUAAUGAGAUAUGCUCAUGAUCUGAAAACUGAAAGAAAAAUGCAUCUUCAAGAGGGACGAAAAGCUCAGCAAUACCUCGACAUGUGUUGGAAACAGAUGGAUAAUAGUAAAAAGAAAUUUGAAAGAGAAUGUAGAGAGGCAGAGAAGGCACAACAGAGUUAUGAAAGAUUGGAUAAUGACACUAAUGCAACCAAGGCAGAUGUUGAAAAGGCUAAACAGCAGUUGAAUCUACGUACACAUAUGGCUGAUGAAAAUAAGAACGAAUAUGCUGCACAAUUACAAAACUUUAAUGGAGAACAGCACAAACAUUUCUACGUAGUGAUUCCUCAGAUUUACAAGCAACUGCAAGAAAUGGAUGAACGAAGGACUAUUAAACUGAGUGAGUGUUACAGAGGAUUUGCAGACUCAGAACGGAAAGUUAUUCCUAUCAUUUCAAAGUGUUUGGAAGGAAUGAUUCUUGCAGCAAAAUCAGUUGACGAAAGAAGAGACUCUCAGAUGGUAGUGGACUCCUUUAAGUCCGGAUUUGAACCUCCCGGAGACUUUCCAUUUGAAGAUUAUAGUCAGCAUAUUUAUAGAACCAUUUCUGAUGGGACUAUCAGUGCAUCCAAACAGGAAAGUGGAAAGGUGGAUGCCAAAACCACAGUAGGAAAGGCCAAGGGCAAGUUGUGGCUCUUUGGAAAGAAGCCAAAGCCACAAUCCCCACCCUUAACCCCUACUAGUUUAUUCACAUCCAGUACUCCUAAUGGGUCCCAGUUUCUCACAUUCUCCAUUGAGCCCGUGCAUUAUUGUAUGAAUGAAAUAAAAACAGGGAAGCCCAGAAUUCCUUCUUUCAGAAGUCUCAAAAGAGGGUGGUCGGUGAAGAUGGGCCCAGCACUAGAAGAUUUCAGUCAUCUGCCACCAGAACAGAGACGUAAAAAACUACAGCAGCGCAUUGAUGAACUUAACAGAGAACUACAGAAAGAAUCAGAUCAAAAAGAAGCGCUCAACAAAAUGAAAGAUGUAUAUGAGAAGAAUCCACAAAUGGGGGACCCAGGGAGUUUGCAGCCUAAAUUAGCAGAGACCAUGAAUAAUAUUGAUCGCCUGCGAAUGGAAAUCCACAAGAAUGAGGCUUGGCUCUCUGAAGUUGAAGGCAAAACAGGUGGAAGAGGAGACAGAAGACAUAGCAGUGACAUAAAUCAUCUUGUAACACAGGGACGAGAAAGUCCUGAGGGAAGUUACACCGAUGAUGCAAACCAGGAAGUUCGUGGACCGCCCCAACAGCAUGGCCACCACAGUGAGUUUGAUGAUGAGUUUGAAGAUGAUGAUCCCUUGCCUGCUAUUGGACACUGCAAAGCUAUCUACCCUUUUGAUGGACAUAAUGAAGGCACUCUGGCAAUGAAAGAAGGCGAAGUUCUGUACAUUAUUGAGGAGGACAAGGGUGAUGGAUGGACAAGAGCUCGGAGACAGAAUGGUGAAGAAGGCUACGUUCCCACAUCAUACAUAGAUGUAACUCUAGAGAAAAACAGUAAAGGUGCAGUAACUUACAUCUAAACUAAUUGGCAACUUUGUAACACAUAUGACAUAGGAAUGAUAACAAAAUGCAAACACAGUCAAUGGGUGGGAAAACAUAAGAAAGCUUAAAGGGCAUCCAAGAUUUAUUGUUCACUAUGUGAGCUGAGCGUAGGCUCGAUCUUAGAGAUGUGAACAUUACCACAAGAAGCUGUUCUUGUGACGCUUUACCAUUUGAGUGAUGUUGGUGUGAAGCUUAAUUGAUGCCUUUUGCUCUAUGUUCUGCUUAAGUCUGUGUUAAGGAUUUGUGCUUUUCUGCCAUAUAAAUCAUAGAAUUUGAUCUACUGGGCAGGAAUCCAUAGAUAGAAAGCUCCCUACCCCGUUACACUUUGCUUCAGGAAACACAGUGAUGGUAGUGAACUCAAGUGAAACUGCACUGAAAUGCUUGCUGAUGCCCAGAAGAGUGGUUUGGUAUAGGAGUUUGAAAUUGUAGCUCCAGUUUCUAGGAAAAAGUAAUAAUAAUCCGCUAAUGGAUAAAAUACGAAUGUAAUCAUUUUUGGUUUUGUCCCUGUUCUUAAUUUCGGUUUCCUAAAGGAAGAAGACAGGCAUGUAGCACAUAAUCUAUUUUGUAGUAGGCUAAUUGAGAGAUGCAGAAUAGAUGGGCUUGGUCUUACUCUUAAGUGAACAAAACGGCUUUCUUUUGAGACCCAAGGAUAUUUUCAGGUUUUCUAGUAAUUUUCAGUAAUGUACAAGCUUUCUUCUGAAUUAAUGCUUGUAUUUUUCAUCUUGAAAUGUCUUUUGAGAAAUGUCACUUUAGUGAUACUGCAUUUAGCAGUUAUACAUAGGAAGUGAAGUGAAGUGAAGUCGCUCAGUCAUGUCCGACUCUUUGCAACCCUGUGGACUGUAGCCUACCAGGCUCCAUCCGUGGGAUUUUCCAGGCAAGCAUACUGGAGUAGGUUGCCAUUUCCUUCUCCAGGAGAUCUUCCUGACCCAGGGACUGAACCCGGGUCUCCCACAUUGCAGGCAGAUGCUUUACCCUCUGAGCCACCAGGGAAGCCCAUACAUAGGAAAGUGUAUUCUAAAUAAACUAAGAUAGAUGAAAUCUUGCAUGGUGGGGAAGUACUGGCAAAUUUUGCCUGAAAUAAAAAAUGACUUUUUUUCACUAACUGGGUUGGAGGAAUAUAUCUGUACUGUCAUCGAGGGCAUUUCCUCAUUUUAACUGAAUUGUCAGUUAUUAGGAUAGUUUUUUUUCCAACUAAUUUUAAUAAGCAUUUGUGGGAAGCACUGUACAGUCAAGAUAGGCAGUGCUAGUUGUCUAGGGAAGUAAAGUGAAGAAGCAGUUGAGAGUGGUCUUUAAUUUUGCUCACGUUCCAGCAUUUUUUGGUGUUUUUAAUAGCUGACUAUAAAAUGAUUUUAGAGACAUUUGGGAUGGACGCUUUAAACUGGACAUCCCUUUUGGUCUUACCAAAGGUCUUCAGUAAUUGUUCUUUUCUUUUUCCUCCUGGACUGCAGGUUCCUGAAGAGGGUUUCUGAGGAAAUGGGCAAGAUGUUGAAGGAGGUUACAUGCAGCUGCUUUUGGGGGGGGAGGUGUUAGAAUUGUCAGGCUCAGAGAGAGUGAGAGAAGCAAGUUGCAUGAGUGCAUGCAGACAUGAUUAUUCUUUACUAACUUCAUUAGCAUUUCCAUGUGUUGUUUUAAAAAAUCAUUGUAAUACCAACCCUUAAAUUUGUCAUUUAUAGUUAUUCAUAUAAAGGAAAAAAAGCCAACAGUGGCUAACCUUUUUUUCCAUCUGUUUUACUGAUGUUCAAAUUAAAAAGAAUGCAGAGCUCUUAUUAAAUUUGACUGUCCUAACAGGACUAUCCGUCCGAGCUCUGUUUUAAUUGGCUUUUAGACCCAUUGUCUGUCAGAAUCCUUGCCAUUUGUCAGUGUCUGCCUGCGCCACCUCUGUGCUUGCUUAACAUCCUGUUGCAUGUCUAGAGUGAUCGGGUUUAGAUUUUUAGGCAUGUCUUGAUAAUCCCUUGUUCUUGUCAAAGCCUUUGUUUUGUUUUACAUUUGUAGUGCAAAUCACUGUCAAACAUCUCCAGCACUAAUGUUUCCAUCCUAGUAUUUGUGUACGCUGCUAUAAUGUCCCCACUACAGAACAUUCCAGUUUUGGCAUUAUGAAGAAGUAGUUUGUGAACCUGAAGUAUUUAUGAUCAGAAAAAGAAAACAUCUCUGCUCUAGCCUACAGCCCAGUUGAAAGAACUCUUUGAAACAUGAUCGAUCUUCAGCCCCUCAGUCUGGGAAGAAUCUAUAGUCAGCAAUGAAAUCCUGGCAUAAUAAACACAGAAGAUACUCAUCGCCUCAAGACAAAGGACUGUUGUCAGAAGUCAGCUGCUUCCAUUCAAAUGCUGCCUUAAACUAGAGUGCCUAAAUCUGUUGAUUGCCAACUCUACCACUACAGUAUCCCACAAAGGGCUUCAUGUGUCAGCUCAGUGUGACCUCCUUUAACUUGGCAGUGCUGCUGCAGCUGCCGUACAACCUCCACUGGGGGCUUUUAGAGCUCUGCCACGUUCGAUGGUGCAUCUUCAAAUUUACACAUCAAACUAGAGACAUGUCCGAGUCCAUUUUACUUUACUCAGUGUUUUCAAUGAGAAGUUUUAUGGACCUUUCCCCUCAUUGUCUUCUGAUUUGGGGUUACCUACAGUGAUAGUCUGUUUCCAAGUGAUGAUUUUAUUUGAACUGGAUAAAAUAUAGUGAAACUUUGUAAUGAUCUAUGUGCACUUUUACUUGUAAAAUGGGAGUUUCUGUAUGUUUAUACUUGUAUAUAUAAUUGUCAUCAGUGCCCCUAUUGCUCAUGUUGUCCUGCCUUGCAUUUGUGAUUCUGUUAAUGACUUGUAUCUUAACUGAUUUCUUGGUGGCAUUUAAUAGGGAGGUGGGUGGGGGAGGGGGGAAUAUUUGUAACAUGGAAGAUUGAUUAAUUUGAUUCUUUACUGUUUUGAGGGAGGAAAGAAAACGUGAAAUGGUCUAUGUAUUGUUGGAUUUCAAGCAAUAUUUUAGAAGCUGUGUGACUGCUUUAAUAAUUUUCCCCAGUGUUAUUUGAAUUGUACUACCAGUUAUAUUAAUACUAAAGCUGGGUGACAGUUGUGUGAAAGUGGAUGCCAUUAUAAAAUCAAGUAUGCCCCUAUUACACAGCUGACAUACAGUGUAUUACCUUUAAGGCUAGUAAACUAUGAAGUUUUAGAUUUUAAAUCUUGUUACAGGGUUAUUUAUAUAAUGUGACAUUAUUCAGUACUGACAGACUACAUAAAGUAGUUUUAAAAUCCAGUGCUAUUUUUAUUUUCAAGGUUAGCAAUGAAGAGGAAAUGUGAUCUGGCUGUGUUUGUCUUCUGUGCAAAGCCUGAAGUGCUUGUGUUUUUUUGGCUAAUAGCCACAGAGGGCAAAGUUUAAGGCUUUCUUGUGAGGACUAACUGUUCUUUUCAAGCUACUGUUUGUUUUUCUUAAAGCAGGAUUUGCUUCCGUAGGAGGCAAAUUCCUUCAUGUGGAAUAGUGCAACCUGUAUAUGGAUUAUUACAAUAAGGAAGACAUUUGUACUUGCACAGUUUAAAUCAUUCUUAAAUUUGAACAUGUGAAUUGUCCAAAAGAAAUCUUUAAUUUUUCAGUAAUUUUUACUCUUUCUGUGCACAUGUUGAUUUCUUAAUGUAAAUGCUUUGUUUAAGAUAGUGUUCUCUGUUGAGAAUAUUUUCAUGGAAUAAAAUAAUCUUUUCAUGGUCCA